GGGAGAAAAAAGUCUGCUAGGCGGUACGCCGGUGCGUCGUUCCAUUGAAGAACCGCGUAUUUUGCAACGUGCGUGAGUAAACUUAACGUGAGUUCGUGCUCCCGGUAGCCCUCGGCUUCAGUUUACACGACGUACUACUCGAUUGUUGCCGCUUUGCGCUGCUGUAGUGCGUUGUGCGAAGAGCAACUGUUGACGACCACGCUCCAACGCAUUCGAAACUGGCAUGCGAACCUGAUUGAUUCGUUGAAAGAUACGUUUCCGUGUGUCGGGGGUUCUACCAAAAUGCUUCGCUUCAGUCUAGUCGCGUGUCUCUCCGUGUUGGCUGCGAGCAGCGUUGUGGUAGUGGUGUCGGCGACCUCCGAGUCCAGCGGCGGCGGCGGCAACAGCAAACGGCUACAGAUCGGCGUCAAGCGACGCGUCGAGAAGUGCGACGCCCGGUCACGCAAGGGUGACGUUCUGCACAUGCACUACCGCGGCACGCUUGAAGACGGCACAGAGUUCGACAGCAGCUACAACCGCGGCGAGCCGCUCACGUUCACGCUUGGCUCGGGGCAGGUCAUCCGCGGAUGGGACCAGGGACUGCUGGCAAUGUGUGUGGGAGAGAAGCGCAAGUUGGUGAUACCACCCGAUCUGGCGUACGGUUCCCGAGGUGCACCUCCAACUAUUCCAGGUGACGCGACGCUGACGUUCGAGGUGGAGCUGGUCAAGAUAGACCGGAAGACGGAGCUGUGAGCAGCUCCGCCAGGAAAGCGACGUCGAACGCCACGCCCCGGCCGUCGACGGAGACCCCUCGUGUGAGGACAUUGUUUGCCGCGUACAGACAUUGCAGCAGUAGGAAUGAUCCGAUGGCCAGCAGCGCGAAUGCAGGCAUGUCGUCCUGCAGCCAUUCAUCGACGAGCAUCCAGAUACCUCGCCAGACGGACACGCAAGCGUAGGCGGCUGCCAGGUGCCACAGCUCCUCGAAGAGACGUUGGACCCAGGAUAGGCCUCUUGGUGCUGAUAAAAAGAAAGCGGUGACGAGUAGUUUGUUAUUCGGUGCAUGGCUCCAUUGAAAGGAAAAAAUGUAUGAAUGCGGGCUUGUUGGUGCAUGUUAAUUUGGAAAGAGCGCUAGGAUGGGGCACAGAAUGGAAGCAACAAGACAGUUUGUGCCCUGUCUUGUUGGUUCUAUUCUUUAUCCUGUCCUGGUGCUGUUUUAAAAUGUCAUCCAAAGGCUUGGUGACCCUGAUAUCUAAUAACUUCAUUUUCAAUAUCGAAGAGUUCAUGCCAUCAUUGAUAACAAGUAAUUUGUUAUUCAGUGCAUGCUUUAUUGAAAGGAAAAAAAAAACGUAUGAAUGCGGGCUAGGACAGCGCUAGGACAGGACUAGAAGAGAAGCAACAGAACAGUGAAUGCCCUAUCUUGUUUCUAUUCUGUGUUCCAUCUUAGCACUUCAACUUUCUUUGAAAGGCUCGGUGACCCCGGCGUCUGAUAACUUUAUCCUCCAUAUCGAAAACUUCAUGCGAUCAGCGACGAGGAGACAUUGAAGAAUCAACGUUUAAACAAUGGUACUUCUCCUUAUUGGCGGGUGCUGAAGCAUGCAGGAGCUCUGAUGAUGACUGUCCCCAUGUGAAAAUUAAACUCUGGUAACAAUCCUUGUUUGACGAUUUCUCACCGCUUUGAGCCUUCGUCUUGCUCUGAGCUUUUGUUUUGUGGUGUUUAGAUUUCAUGUGAUUGAAUUUGGAUCAAAUGUGGAGGCCAUAGGUCAAGUGGGUCUUGUUAAGAAGUAAAAUAUUCAAAAGGCCAAGUCUCUUGAUGCAAUACAGGUGCCUAGUUCUUGUGAGCAAGUGUCAGCUGCAAGUACAUUUUUUAUACGUUCACUGCAAGUUCAUGAAAGCUGGUGUAUUUGCUGGACUCUUACUAACAAGUUCAUGUUAGCUUUCACAUAUUAAAACUUCCUUUUUUUUACUGCAUUUUCUGUAGAUUAGCACCAGCAUUCUGUUCACAGGGUUCCUAUUCUGCAUUAGAUUUUUGCACCAUUUGCAAAAUUUGUUACCUAGCUGUGCCCCUGGUCAAGUUUCAUUGUUGCUGCAUGCUAGGAUGGUCAUGUUUAGAGGUGAAUUAAGGUUUUCACUUUGACACUUGGGGGAAGGGUAUGUGGUUGUUUGAUAAGGCAUCUGAAAUAAGCACAUUAGCACCAAAUGUACAUUUAUUGCACGGACGUCAUUUUCAUUUGAACCUUCUUUAAGUUAUAUUAUUCAUUGUUAAGACAUGCCCAAUCUUUCGUGUGUUCUAGUUUUGUCAUUAAUAUUUGCAAGAAUAAAUGUGUGUGGCAGUUUGUCUAAA